AUGCCGUCAGCCACACUACUAGGAAAGCGGAAAAGCGUAACUGCUCAGCCCGAGGCGAAGAAGAAAAAGAGAGUUGCGGAGGACGAGGUCGUCAAGAGGAUCAAGCAGAAAACCGCCAAGAAGAAGGAGGAGAAACCAGUGAAGGAGGGAAAGGAGGACACAAAAGAGAAGAAGGAGAAAGAGGAGGAGGAACAGGAUAUCAGCGACGCACUUUCCAUUUUCCAGCGCGCUUUCGAGGCUCGGUUUAAGCCAAUUGCUCCUGCUCCUGGUACUACCACCACCACCACCAAGACAAAGGCCGAGAAAUCAAAGUCGACCAAGAAGAAGGCAAGGAAAGCCCAGGGAGAUGAGGACGGCGAUGAAAAAGAUUUCGACGAGGACCAAAUACUUGACGACGAUGAUGCGGUAGAUUCGGGCUCGGAAGACGACUUCUCCGGCGAAGAGGACGAGGAGGAUUACAGUGGCAGCGACAAUGAAGAGGAGGAGGAUGAAGAGGAAGAGGAGGCUCCCAAGGUGAUGGUAGUGGAUUACUCCAAGGACCCGUCAAAGGUGGAUACGUCAAAGAUGUCGAAGAAGGAGCUCAAGGCUUAUUUGUCCUCCAAACCCCCCAACGCCAUCCUCUCCUCCUCCGACUCCCAAACAAACGGCACCAAGUCCAAAAAGGACAAGGACGGCGCCGACGGCGACGACAGCGCCGCCUUCCUCGCCAACGACCUCGCCCUGCAGCGCCUCAUCGCCGAGUCGCACAUCCUCUCCGCCGCCGGCGGCAACGCCUCGCACUACCUGUCCAGCGCGGCCGCCGAAACCGAAAAGAACACGCGCGCCUUCGCCGAGGGCCGCAUCCGCAAGAAGACGACGGACAUGCGCAUGCAAGCGCUUGGUGCCAAGGGCAGCGUCCUGGAACAAGAAAAAAUGCCCAUGAACAUGCGCAAGGGCAUCAAUAAGGCGGCGGAGACGUACGAGCAGAAGAGGAGGAGGGAGGCGAGGGAGAAUGGUAUCAUUCUUGAGAAGGCCUCCGGCAAGGGCAAGGGGGGGAAGACGGGUGGUAACGGUGGUGGUGGUGGUGGUGGGAAGAAGAGGAGUGGGGAUAGGCCGGUGGAUAUGCCUGGUAUUGGAAAGAUGAGGGGCGCGCAGUUGACGAUCAGUAAGAGGGAUAUUAGGAGUAUGGAGAACUCGGGGCCUGCUGGGAGGGGAGGAAGGGGUGCUAAGGGCGGGCAUAGGAAGAGGAGGUGA